AUGUCAAUACCCUCACCAAGUCCACCCCGGCUCCCUCCGAGGCGAGUCACGCCAAUCACACCACCGAUACGUCUGACAGAACCUGGUCCACCAAUCUCAGAGCCCGUAGCUUCCACAGUACUCCCACUUCCACCUAGGAUACAGUCUACCAUGAUAUCAGAGUCUGUCACUCAAAGCGGAACAAACACAGAGCCCCAUAUACGGUCAUAUGCUAUCAGUAACAUGUCGCCUCCUUCUUUACCUCCUCGUAAAGCCUCGAUAUCAAAAGCAGUUCCUCAACCUAUCUCAAUCAGCACUGAUCCAGUGACUAAAGCUACCCACGAUGAGAUAUCGCCCUCGUCAGUCCAACCGGUCGACUUACUAUCAUUAGAUACCGCAGAUCCAGGUACAAACAAUAUCUCCAUUACACCAUCCAAUGCAAACGGUGUAUCCCCUUCUCCACCUGUUACAGCUGUAACGGUAGCUAUUACACCUGCUACGCCACCUGAUUCACAAGUCACUUCACCCAACUCACCUUCUUUGGGGCAAUCAGUCGAUACCCUUCCCACAACCCUGCCUGUUCUCCCUUCCAAUGAUUCAGCUGAUGGGAAUCUGCUUCAUUCAGGGGAUCCACCUGCUUUGCCUCCUCACAAAACUGCUCCUCCUCCUUUACCGCCUAGAAGAUCGGAAACAACCAAUGCAGCUUUAUCUACAGUCCCUUCCAUUGCACCGAUGAUCUGGAUGAUCACAAUGAUCCUCUUGGCAUACAUGAGAGUGUCUUUGAUUACUCUUGUCGUACUUGGAACACUAGGCUACAUUGGUAUGAAGAGGUUAGAGGAGACAGCGGAGAAGUCUUUGACAAAGGAAGAAGCAGAAGAUUUUGGUCCUCAAUGUGAGGGCAACAAAGAAGCUGUAGACUGGGUAAAUCACGCACUAUAUGCUCUGUUCCCCCUGAUCUCCACAGAUGUCCUCACUCCGUUUGUGGAUCUGAUGGAAGACGCCCUAGCUGCUCAAGUACCUCCAGUGGUCACUUCGGUUCGACUUACAUCACCAGCAUUGGGCUCACAGCCUGUCUUACUCACUUCUAUGAAACCUCUAUCAGACCAAGAGUGGUUCUCGACCCUAUCAAUGCCUGAUAGGCCGAGUGAAUAUACCUUAGACAGAUCUCCAUCGAAACAGAAGAAGGAACGGCAGCGUGGCGUCUCGUUCUCCACACCAGCUGGAGCUGGAGCCGAUAUUCCUAGAUCUCAUUCUGUAUCUAGCAAGACCUCGGCCACCGAUUCCGAUAAUUUAACACAAGAGACUCAAAAAAGGAGGAAAAGGGAUAGAAUAUUGCAGAAGGUGUCAAGAAGAACUGCGCCGCUGAAUAAGGGAAAUAAGACAUCUCAUGGAUCUCAAUCACAGACACAAGCUCCCGAUGGUAAUUCCAGUGGAGAUGUGAUAGAUGACCUAGACGGUCCAGACGGAGAGAGGAAACAUGGUGGCGAAGAACAAGAUGACUAUAUGAAUGAAGACGAUCCAAAUGCUGGUCAGUACGUCAACUAUCAAGUUGGAUUUGAGUAUAAGAGAAGCAAAGAUGCCGAAAGAAAAGGAAGAGGCCUACAUUGUUUGGCAUACUUCGGAUGGGGUAUUAAAGGCGUCGCUAAAUCUGAAAUACCAGUAUACAUCGACGUUCUGUCAAUCAAGGGCACAGUCAAUCUGCGUCUUCUGCUCUCUGCUACCCCUCCUUUCGUUCGUACGGGUACAUUCUCACUGCCAUCUUUGCCAGAAUACGAUGUAUCAGCACAUCCGCUCAAGAAAGGCACGUUCAACGCUAUGGAACUACCAGGUAUGAAGCAGUAUGUCAAACAAUCCAUCACUGAGGUAGCAUCAGCAUUUGUUGCCCCGGAGUCGUACUCACUGGAUCUUGACCGUUUGUUACUCGGAAGAGAAAGUUCACUAAGAACCCACACAAUUGGAGUUUUACAUAUCAUCAUUAGAUCAGCGGAAGAUCUACCCAAGAUGGAUACUAUGGGUUCAUGUGAUCCGUAUAUCUCGAUUGGGUUCAGCAAAUACCAUAAACCAAUGUUUUCAACUAGGACAAUCAAGGAUUCAAGAGAUCCGAUGUGGAAUGAAGAAGCUUUCAUUCUGGUGUCUGCCGAUGCGAUAGAAGCCGGUGAAAAACUUCGAUUAAGGGCAUGUGAUUCUGAUCGAUUUUCAGCCGAUGAUGAAUUGGGUAUAGUACAAGUUGACUUGGCAGAAUUGAUCGAUACACAUCAAACCCAAAGAUUCGAUAGAAGGGAUACCCUGAAAGCAGACAAACCAGGUAUGAAAUCAUGUGGAUUACUGAAUUGGUCAAUCCAAUUUCAUUCUUUGUGGCAAAUGUCACCCGAAGAAGUUCAGAGGCGAGUUCUGAACAACCAACGAGAAGAAAAAGAAAAUAUCGAGCCUCCCCCGUCACAAAAUGGAUUACCUUGGAUCUUGAAUUUGUUAGAUAAGUUGAUUGAUGGUAAAAAUGAAGAAUGGAUCAAAAACAGAGAAGAGAAAAGAAAAGAAACUAUGGCUUGGUUCACAGGUGAGAAAGAGAGAGAUGAAUUGGAAAUUCAAGGUAAACCCGAUGUAGAUUUAAGAAGUGGAAUCUUACAGUUUCACGUUCAUCAAUGCAUUGACCUCGAAGUUGAGCCUAUUUCUGGAACUUAUUCGUCCAAUGGAAUAUCCCGAAAAUCACCAGCCGGUGGUCAACCUGCACUUGCAACAUUGAUUGAUCGGACUCCGACUGAAAAUCCAGAUCCACCUUCAGCAUAUUGUGAAGUACUCCUAAACGAUAAGCUAGUGUAUAGGACAAGAACCAAGCAGGUCACUCCGUUGCCAUACUUCAAUGCUGUCAGUGAGCGAUUUGUGAGAGAUUGGAAUAAGGGGAAAAUCGUGUUUGUAGUGAGGGAUGAGAGGAAUAGGGAACAUGACCCCAUACUUGGCAUCGUGUCAAUUCCCCUAAAAGAAGCUUUCAAAACAGGAAGUCAGUUCACAAGGUGGUUCCCACUAGUUGGCGGAUUAGGAUGGGGUCGAAUUCGAAUAUCCUUGUUGUGGAAACCACUCGAUAUGUCGUUACCAAGGGGUGUAUCAGGCUUCGAAGUAGCUACAUUCCGAUUACGGUCUUUGUCAGUCUCGUCACUUGGAUUGGGUUCAACAUCAGAGAAAGGUCUCUCGUUAUUAUUAUCCACUGAUACAGAUAAAUUCGAAUUGGAGACUUCUUCAGAAGAGAUUUCAACGACACCCAUAUCGGCAAGAACGAGUUUAGAAAGAUUGCAAUCACCUGCAAAGCAAUCUCAGUCCCCUUCUAGAAAUUCUUUGGACGAAGAGGUCGAACUAGAAUUUGAUUUAUCAAAUAAACGUAUUAGAUUAGCUAUAAUGUAUAGACAUUCAUGCUCAUUACUCAUAACACUAGUUUCAAAAUCAAGCGUGUUGAAAAAGAAAAAAGUCAUAGGAAUGGGUGUAGUCAGAUUGAGUGAGAUGAUUGAUGGGAAAGGUAAUUCAAAGAUUGGUAUUUACGGUACAGAAGAUGUUGAAGAAAUCAUGAGAUUACAAGAGAUGAUGGAUAAUGAAGAGAAAGAACAAGUGCCCAGCGGUAGCGGUAGUGAUAGUAACAAUUUACCUUUAUCUUCACCUGGACUCAAUUACAAGCCUAUUGGAAACAGGAAACCAAGUCUAAGGAAAAGAAUCUCAGAAAGAAAGUCAUGGCCUAAUUCCAACAACAAUUCCAAUUCGGAUAUUAGGACAAUUCGUGACAGGACGUUCUCAAACGCAUCUGUCAAAUCAAAUUCAACUUUUUCCUUGCAUUCAAAUUUCACUUCAAAUCAUCCUAAUUUGCUGGGAUAUGCAAAUUUGACUUUUGAUUUGAAGCCCGGAGUGUCAAAAACUCAUAGGAAGAUAACGAAAAGGGAUUUAAGAUUCGGUAAAGUAUAUGAAAGUUGGGAAGUGGAAAAUGAGAUCAAGAUGGGCUGGGAUAAGAUGAAUCAAGGUGAUAGGAUGCAUCAGGAACUCAGAGACAUUGGAAGCUCGAACCGUGACGCCAAUAAUAAAGAAGCAGGGGAAAGGAGAACCAGUAACGAUGAUGAUGAUGAUGAUGACGACGACGACGACGAUGAAGACGAUAACGAUGAUAUCCAGGAUGAUGACGAUUCUGAUGAAGAAGAGGCGAGAGACGCAAAAGAGGAACUGGAGAAAGGAGAUUUAAGUGAUACAGAUGACGAACUGGACAAUAAAGUCUCAGAGAGAAAGGCACAUUCACAUGCUUUACAUAAACGUCAUAAAGGAGUGUUCCAAUUGAAGAUCGCUCGAACAGGUCGAUAUAUGAAAGAUAAGUUGAGCGCAAAAGUGUACUCUGCAGCACAUAGUGGUGGUAAUAAGGAUGAAGGUAGAAGUAGAGGUACAGAUAUGGCUGUUGAACGUGAAGGUAUUUCGAAGAUGUAG